CCUUAUUGGCCACCCUGAAGGCUGAAGGCCUUCUCUCUCUCUCACCCUGGCAUGGAUAAGAAUACUAUGCACAAACCAACCAUUGUACUAGAUAGAGAACUUCUCAGCUCUAGCUAGUAAUUGGGAGAGAGAGAGAGAGAGAGAGAGGAUGGACUUCUUCCCCACUAAUUUCAUGCUCCAACCUCCCCAUGAAGAUGAUCAAGACCAUCACCAUCCUUCCACCAAUUCCAAUCAGAUUCUUACCUGUUGGAUGCCUCAAGAUCAGUGUCAUGGACUUGGAGCAACCCUUCUGGGGAAACGAUCACCAUCGAUGACAUUUCCGGGAUUCGAAGGUUGUGGACAACUAGAAUCGCCUAACGGGAUGGACCACGAGGACCUCUCGGAAGACGACGGGUCAUCACAUACCCUAGGGGAGAAGAAGAAGAUCAGGCUGAACAUGGAGCAGGUGAAGGCACUGGAAAAGAGCUUCGAGUUGGGGAACAAGCUUGACCCCGAGAGGAAGCUGCAGCUUGCCAAGGCUCUAGGCCUUCAGCCCAGGCAGGUCGCCAUCUGGUUCCAGAACCGACGGGCUCGGUGGAAGACUAAGCAGCUGGAGAAGGACUAUGACCUCCUCAAGCGACAGUUCGAUUCCAUCAGGGCCGAUAACGAUGCUCUUCAGGCUCAGAACCAAAAGCUCCACGAGGAGAUAAUGGCACUGAAAGGUGUUAGAGACUCAGCAACUCAUUAUGAAUCAAUCAACCUAAACAAAGAAACUGAGGGCUGUGGAAGCAACAGGUCAUCGAGAGAGAACAGUUCCGACCUUCUUAGACUAAACGUAUCUACAAGGCCGCCUGUUAUCGAUCAAGAGCAUGAACAUGCUCGUCAUCAUCAUCAACAUCAAAACCCGGUCAGCAGACAACUGUUUCCUUCAUCAACUAGAUUCAGCAACAUAUUCGGUGGCAUCAAUAACGAUCAUCAGUCGGGACUUUGGCCAUGGUUCGAGCAACAGCAGCAGCAUCUCAGUUGAAACUAAGGCCGGAUAAAUUGGGGUUUUGGUCCUCGGACGACAUAUAUAUAGCACUUUUCUUUGUUUGUUCAUUCCUUAAAUUUUCCCUUUUCCUUUUAAGUCCUUGAAUUGGUAAUUCUACUGUCUCUCUUGGUGGUGUAAUAUGUUCAAAUCAUAUCUCUUUGGACAUUGCUAUA